UUGCUGUUUAGGUGAGUUAAGGUAAUCUUUUUCGUUAUUCGAGUUUUCCUAUGGUUAAUUGAUGUAGUCUUUGCUGAUGAUUGCGAAUUCUGAGUAAUACAUUAGUGAUUUACUAAAUGUGUAGGUAUCAUUUUGAGAUCUGAAUGAUCUUCUAGUGUUUAAUUAGUUAUUUUUAAAGUGUUUAAGGUGUACUACUAUUAGCGUACGUUAAUCUAAACAGUAAACAAAAUCUUUACAAAUCGUCCAUUCAUCGUUUUCAAAUAAUCCAUCAAUAUUCAAUGAAAGAAAUGAAAAAAAAUGAUGAUACUAAAAAAAGCCGCUAUGGUCGAAUAUCUAACAAGAGAAAAUUUAAUGAAGAGCUCGAUUUAUCUCUGGGUGAGUCCUAUCGCGAAAUAAAUUUUAUAUUGAACAAAAAAAACAAUGGAAAAUCCUCUCCAACAGCUUCAAAUAAUACGAGUAAUGGAAAAAGAAAUGUAUUUAAUAUUGGUGACAUGGUGUGGGCUAAGACAGGGAAGUAUCCAGUAUGGCCAGGAAUUGUAAUUACAGACCCGGAGACAAAUAAGUUUUCCAAAAAUAAGAAUAUGGUACCUAUGUUGCACAUCUACUACUGUAAUGACGCUUAUAAAAGAAAUUGGAUAAAAAUGAAACAAAUUUCAAAAUUCUCUGGUAAAGAAGAAAUAUUAGCUGAAAUUCCAAAAAUAUUAACUCAAGUUUCACGGAGUAAAUUAAAAAUUAAAUGGAAUCAAGCCGUAGAGGAAGCUGAGUUUUUAGCAGCAUUAAAUAGAGACCAGCGUAUAAGCUCAUUUUUUGCUAACAAAUUUUUAGCAUCUAAUUCAUCAUUGAAUAACGAGGCAGGAUCAUCAUCCACUGAACAGGCCGCUGUUCCUAACCAGCAACCUAAUGUGUUAGAAACAAAUUAUAAUGGUGAUCAACUGCUGCAAGAUAGAUCUAAUCACGAGGAACAAAUAUUGAUUGAGAAUGGUUCAAAAGAUCACCCUCGUCAUUUGAUUCCUGAAUUAUGCCGACAAUUCUAUACUAAUGGAUGGGUUACCGGUACCGGUGGUGGAAUAAGCAUUAAACACAAUGAUCAAAUUUUUAUUGCACCAUCUGGUGUUCAAAAAGAAAGAAUUGAGCCUGACGAUUUAUUUGUUCAAAAUUUAAAUGGCGAAGAUAUUAUAGUUCCAAAAGCAGAUAAAAAAUUAUCAAAAAGCCAGUGCACUCCAAUAUUUAUGUGUUCUUAUAAUGAGCGUAAUGCAGGAGCUGUGAUACAUGUACAUUCACAAGAAGUAGUUAAAUUAUGUUUGUUAAAUCCAGAAAAUGAAAUAAGAAUCACUGGUUUAGAAAUGAUCAAAGGAAUUUUUAAUGAAAAAACGGGAAAAUUCUAUGAUAACGACGAAGAGCUUGUCAUACCAAUAAUUGAUAAUUCAAAGUAUGAGAGAGAUUUAGUUGACACUUUUAAAAUGGCCCUGAUAAAAUAUCCCAGCACUUCUGCAGUUUUGGUCCGCAACCAUGGAAUGUACGUUUGGGGCAGUGAUUGGAAGUCGGCUAAAACACAGUUGGAAUGUUAUGAAUAUUUAUUCAAAAUAGCAAUUUUCAAAAAAAUAAAUAAUGUUUAAUAAAAUUAUACUCAUACUUGUAGACUUGACCCUUAAUGGAAAGCAAUUGGGAGCUAUCCAGGGGCUAUUGAAGAUAAACUAUUUUAUUUAAUUAUUUUCAGACUAAAUCUAUGUCUUGUGUAUUAUUUGAUAAUAUAAAAAGGUCUUGUCAAAA